ACUUAACCUCACCGUAGUUACCCUACAACUACCCUUUUUUGUUCAGAAAAGUUCCCACUACGCUUGUUAUCUGGGUUUUACAGAGUAUUCCUAAUAAAUCUCUCACUGUGAAGCACAGCUUUUCGUUUUUCUCCGAUUGGAGACCUAAUUUACAGCAAAAGCCCCAAUUGGGCCAUCGACAAGAACUAGUUUUAGGUCCACUUGAAGUCUUAUAAGUUCACAGACUACCUUUCAAAACCCAAAACGAACUGGGUCAGGUUUAAAUAAGUCCAUAGCAAAAGGAUACACAGACCCACAAGUAGAAAAACAAAUUCAAGAAAGCUUGCACCUGUUAACUGAUUGCGUUCACCAGGGCCUCUUUCCCCUUCCCUUUUCUGCUCACUCGUGCGUGAAUCGCCAAAAGUUUCGAGAGUCGACUGAGCAUCACAGCCAUUAGCAGGAAUUUCGCCUGCAUCCAAUCCCCAAUUCUUGUUCACUCCGGGCCUUAAUUUUUAUUGUGGGUGCCUCGUACGAUCCCAUUACAAAUUGCAAAAAUGUUUAGGAACCAGUAUGACACAGAUGUGACCACAUGGAGUCCUGCGGGGAGGUUGUUCCAGGUAGAAUAUGCAAUGGAAGCAGUCAAGCAGGGAAGCGCUGCAGUUGGAUUGAGAUCUAAAACUCAUGUGGUUUUAGCCAGUGUGGGGAAGACUAAUUCAGAAUUUUCUUCCUACCAGAAGAAGAUUUUUAAGGUAGACGAUCAUAUUGGAGUGGCCAUUGCAGGGCUCACUGCUGAUGGACGUGUUUUGUCGCGUUAUAUGAGAUCAGAAUGCAUUAAUUACAGCUUCUUGUACGAGUCCCCACUUCCUGUAGGAAGAUUGGUGGUGCAGCUAGCAGACAAGGCCCAGGUAUGCACUCAGCGAUCUUGGAAAAGGCCAUAUGGUGUGGGCCUGCUUGUUGCUGGAUUAGAUGAGACAGGACCUCACCUUUACCAGAACUGCCCUUCUGGAAAUUAUUUUGAAUAUCAAGCAUAUGCCAUUGGUGCUCGCUCCCAAGCAGGGAAAACUUACUUGGAAAGAAAAUUCGAGACAUUUCCAGAGUGCUCACGUGAUGAACUUAUUCGACAUGGUAUAAUGUCAGUCAAGGAAUGCUUGCAAGAAGGCAAACUUAAUGGUGCUAACUGUAAUGUUGCCAUUGUGGGAAUUGGAGAGGCAUUCACUAUUCUUGAUCAGAAAACAGUCCAGGACAUCAUUGAUUUGUUAGAGGAUAAGAAAGAUGAAAUUCCAACUGAUGCUGCUCCAGUUGAAGGUGAACAAGGUGCUACACAAGACGAUACAGACCAAGGUGUAGCUCCUAUGGAGACCUAAUCUUAGGAAUAAUAUUUUGGUUGACUUUCUGCUUUUGAGAAUGUGAGGCAGGUGUCCCCAAAAUCAUCAAAGCAAAUUUUCUCCCAAGGUUCAGCUUUUGAUACACGAUUUUUGUUAUUUUUUUCUGUUGUAGUUGAUACUGUUUGUAACCAUGCAAAAAGCUACAAGAAACUAAAAGGCUUCUUUUUUUUUUUUCAAUUAAUGUAAAUGACAUUCUAGUUUGUAGUUAUCUCUAUGAAAUUUAGAAAUUACUGUUGACUUAUUGGUUC